GCAGCCCUGGAGCCCUCUGCCUCGUCCUUUGCAGCACCACCAGCAGCAGCAUUCCUCCUCCUCUCCUCCUCCUCCUCCUCCUGCUCCAGGGGACGAUGCUCUGGCUCCUCCGCCGCCUCUGCUGCUGCUGCUGCUGCUGCUGCUGCUUCCCAGCCAGGGCUCAGCCUUCCCCCGGGCUCAGCCUCCUGGCCACCGCCUGCUUUCUCCUCCUCCUCCUCCACCCGCCUCUGGCUUCCUCCAUCCUGACAGGGUCUGUGGCAAAAUGUGAAAACGAAGGAGAAGUCCUGCAGAUCCCCUUUAUCACAGACAAUCCUUGCAUAAUGUGCAUUUGCCUGAACAAGGAAGUGACAUGCAAACGAGAGAAAUGUCCAGUACUUUCAAAGGACUGUGCUCUGGUCAUUAAGCAGCGGGGAACGUGUUGUGAGCGGUGCAAAGGUUGCACUUUUGAAGGAAACUCAUAUAACAGCUCAGAGACAUGGCAGGCCCCAAACAAACCUUGUGUGAUGCACCAAUGUCAGGAAGGAGUGAUAACAGAAUCUGAAAUUCAAUGCAUUGUUCAUUGUAAAAACCCUUCAGAACAGCCAGGAAUGUGCUGUCCCACAUGUCCAGGUUGUACAUUUGAAGGUAGACAGUACUAUGAAGGUGAGGAAUUUCAGCCUGAAGGGAACAAAUGCAUCACAUGUGCUUGUAUUGGGGGCAGAACACAGUGCAUACAAGAAGUAUGUCCCAUUCUUUCAUGUCCUCAACAUCUCAGUCACACUUCUUCUGGACAGUGUUGCCCAAAAUGUUUGGGACAGAGGAAAGUGUUUGAUCUCCCAUUUGGAAGCUGUCUCUUUCACAGCGAUGUUUAUGACAAUGGAGCCUCCUUUGCAUAUGACAAUUGUACAAAAUGUACAUGCAGGGAUUCUACUGUGCUGUGUAAGAAGACAUGCUUAUCACCUGGAGAUUGCACCAGAACCAAAGAACAAUGCUGCAAGGAAUGCAUCUCUUACAUGUCUCCCGAGGAAACAAAAGUGUGCAAGUUUGGCAACAAGAUCUUCCGGGAUGGAGAGAUGUGGUCUUCCGUUAACUGCACCAUCUGUGCUUGUAUGAAAGGCAAGACCGAAUGUCGCAAGAAGCACUGCGUUCCAGUCAUCAGCUGCCCUCAUGGAAAGAUCCUUAACCGAAAAGGAUGCUGUCCCAUUUGCACUGAAAAGCCUGGCGUUUGCACUGUAUUUGGAGACCCCCACUACAACACUUUUGAUGGACGGACAUUUAACUUUCAGGGAACAUGUCAGUACGUUUUGACGAAAGACUGCUCCUCCUCUACCUCACCCUUCCAGGUGCUGGUGAAAAACGAUGCCCGGCGGACUCGCUCUUUUUCCUGGACAAAAUCUGUAGACCUUGUGCUGGGCAGCAGCACUAUCAGCCUCCAUCAGCACCUCACUGUGAAGUGGAAUGGGACAAGGAUAUCCCUCCCUUAUGAAACACCACAUUUUCACAUUGACUUGGAAGGAUAUCUGCUGAAAGUGACAACGAAAGCAGGACUGGAAAUCUCUUGGGAUGGAGACAGUUUUGUUGAAGUCAUGGCUGCACCACAUCUUAAGGGCAGGCUUUGUGGUCUUUGUGGCAACUACAAUGGGCACAAGAGAGAUGACCUGAUCGGAGGGGAUGGGAACUUUAAGUUUGAUGUGGAUGAUUUUGCCGAGUCCUGGCGUGUGGAGUCAAAUGAAUUCUGUACUCGUCCUCCAAGGAAACAAUUUCCUGAACUGUGCCAAGGAACAGUGAGGGUAAAACUCCGUGCCCAUCGGGAAUGCCAGAAACUCAAAGCAUGGGACUUUCAGACUUGCCACUCCACUGUGGAUUAUACAGUGUUUUAUCGGUCCUGUGUGACAGACAUGUGUGAGUGCCCGGUUCAUAAGAACUGCUACUGUGAGUCCUUCUUAGCCUAUGCCCGAGCCUGCCAGAGGGAAGGUCUGAAGGUCCACUGGAAGCCUGAGCAGAGCUGUGCUGCAGCCCAGUGUAAACAUGGUGCAGUUUAUGAUACCUGUGGUCCUGGAUGUGUAAAGACUUGCGACAACUGGAAUGAAAUUGGUCCCUGCAAUAAACCAUGUGUUGCAGGAUGCCACUGCCCUGCAAACCUAGUCCACCACAAAGGAAGAUGCAUUAAGCCUAUUCUGUGUCCACAGCGGUGACAUUAGGUUUUAGCACCAAAGACUUUGAAACUGCUAUCUUUGGUAACUUUUGAAGCUUACAGCCAAUGAAGGACUGCAUUGUUGGCAGAUUAUGUAAAGUGCUGUCACAAAGAGUGACAAAAAAGUGUGCUCAUAUAUUUAUAUGUGUAUAUGGGGGAAAACGUAUCAUUCCAGAUAAUGUAUGUGUGUGCUCAUACAAAAUGGGCUUGUGUCUUUAUGUCAGAGCUUGGAAAAAGUUAUAUUUUUGGACCACAGCUCCAGGAACCCCUCAGCCAGGUGGUCAUGCUGACUGAUGAAUUCUGGGAGUUAUACUCUAAAGAGUACAUUUCCCCCAAAAUUGUGGCUUGAGUAGUUUGACAAUGUGUGCAUGUCUAUAGCGAGAUCAGACAGGAAGAAUUCAAUUGCCAUACCCCUGCCAUUACAAAUGGCAACAACAUUGCAUGGAUGCCUCACGGGACGAAACCAUAAAUCCUCAGCCAAUGAGCCAUAGUACCACACAUCAUUGAUUGCAUAAGAGGCCAUCCCUCACUGUUCUGAAGUGAAUUAAGAAUGCCCUUUUCCCAUUACACACCACAUCCUCAGUGAGGCCACUGAUCAAUGUGGCAUCGAGGUUUAACACAUUAGUCCUCCAAAAGAGUGGUUUGAGCAUUGGAAUAUGACCCCAGAGACCAGGAUUCAAAUCCCUGCUUGAAUAUGGAAACCCACUGGGUGACCUUGGGCAAAUCUCAUUCUCACAGCCUCAGAGGAAGGCAAAGGCAAACUCCUUCUGAUCAAAUCUUGCCAAGAAAACCCUACGAUAGGUUCUCCUUUAAGUCACUAUAAAUCAAAAAAUGACUUGAAGGCACACAACGACAACAAUAUUCAUAUACACAUAAGCAUACAUGUAGAUACACGUAUGAACAUAGGCAUCAUUUAUAUAAACUAUAGAAGGAUGAAUUAUCAUAUGUAUAUUUUUUGCUAUAAAGUUCAUGUAUAAGUAUUUCUAUGAUCCUAACCUGUAAGCCAUGCAAUUCAUUUACAGAACUAAAUCUGGUAUUUGAUGGCAUAAAAUCGCCCACAGGGUGAGUCUGCCAAUCCAGUAUGUUUCGAGCUUCCAUGGCUAUAUUCCAAGGGCCAUAUAAUUUCCAUUUAAGGUUACUUUUAAGUUCCUGUGUAUGAACACACAGAAAAUGUUUUGUCUGCCUUUAAGAUUGAUCAUCAUUAGAGCAGUCUUUAGCAGGUGUGAAGAGCAACUUAACGCAAAGAAAUUCUGUAUUUCACUGCAUUUCAUAUUUCACUCUUUUUUUGUCAAAAGUCCACUAAAUAUUGCCCUAGCUGCCUGCCUGGGCACUGCUGUUACACAUGGGUGGAAUAACAUUUAAGUUGGUGGAGCCAGAGGCUUGGAGAUGACAUUGGUCCUCUCACUGGAUCUUGGACAGCUACAAUCCGUUGCCAUGUCCCCAAACCCCUCUUAUUACCUCUGAGAUAGUUAGUUGUGUUAAAACCCCACUUUAUCUCCUAAGGGGUUUGGGGAUCUCUAGGCCUUUUUAGGCCAAAGAGAGGCUUUUUAACCACAAUGAAAUAAACAGGGUGAUUCAAAAGGUACCAGCUAAGCCUAAAAUAGCUGGGGUAUGUGUUGCAAAAUUACCCAUUCACUACCUGUGGUACAGAGGAUAUUUUUUUGUACAAGUCAAGUGGGGCUGUGGAUGGCCUCAGAAAUAGCCAUGGAGAGCUGCAUACAGCCCACAGGGCAAUAUGUUCAUACCAAUUUUCAUAUUACCAAAUGGACAAAAGGAGAAAAAAAUAAUGAAGAUACUGCCAUUUACCGUAUAUGACAUCUACAAUGGACAUUACUUCAUGAAUGUGGAUCCAUUUUGUUGCCUAGCAUGUUGAUAGUGUAGGAGAAAGAAAAGUCCUAUUUGAGCCACCUUCAUUGCAAAAUUUCUGACUUUUGCACUGGUCAUUUAAGAACAGCUAAGAAAUAUGACCAGAAAGGAGCAUGUACUAAAUGGAGCAAAGAGUCAAAGACUGUUCCUGUGAACUUAUCAACUGUUUUCCACAGUCAUGUAUUUGGGUCAGUUCUUGUUAGUUGAAAUAGGAUGAUACGUGAGUUCAAUAUUCACUUCCCAUUAUAUAUUUUUAAAACACUGAGAAGGGGCUAUGUGCUGUAAGAGGUUGAAUUACAAAAGGAAAAUACUGUUUAUUUAAAUAUUUAAAAGCAUCUACCCAUAUAUGUUAUGUCUGAUACCCAGUGAAAAUAAAUAUUUAAAAUUAA